CACUAUUCUAUUGAGUCGCAUUCCUAGAGUCGUUUCACUCCAGAUCUUGAACAUUGCGUCAUUCAGGGUCUGACUGCAUUACGUCUUCUAUCUUAGAUACCAAGCAUCCGGCGCAUCCUCACAACAACACUUGUUUUUUUACACUGCUUUUCUCCAGUUGCGCAUUCCACCACUCACAUAACUCAACAUGUCGUCGAAACUAGUACCGUCCGACCCGGCCGCCGUUAUGGUGAUACGCGAUGUCGUUCCACGCGUUAUCACCACUCUAUCAGUUCCCUUUUGGAGAUUCGGUCGCAUAAAGAUUGGCGGAAGAGGAACAAUCGUGCGCCUCGAAUCCGGUGCUCUUGCGGUCUUCUCUCCUGUCGCGCUGACCGACGAUGUCAAGCAGAAGGUAUCCGAGUUGGGCGAAGUGAAGUACAUUGCAGCCCUGGAUGCAGAGCACCACAUCUUCCUUGGUCCCUGGCACAAGGAAUACCCUAACGCGCAAGUCAUGGGCCCCGACGUCCUCCCCGAAAAGCGUGAAAAGCAAAACGACGAAAAGGUCCCCUUCUCCAUCCUCUUUGGCGAGAAUAAGCGCGUCGAGUCCAUAUCACCCGAGUUCGAUGCCGAGUUCGACUGGGAGUACGUCCCCUCGCAUAUCAACAAGGAGCUCGUUUUCCACCACCGUCCUACCCGUACUCUCAUUCAGGCAGACCUCAUGUUCAACCUGCCUGCUACGGAGCAGUUUAGUAAAACGGGUAUUGAUGCGAAUAGUGGAAUUCUGACAAAGAUCUUCACGGCCUUGCAGGGCACGAAGGGCGACGCGAAGUGGCAGCAGCGCACCAUCUGGUAUGGAACUAGUGCAAAGGACAGGACGGGUUUUGCUGCUAGUAUGGAGAGGAUCAACAAGUGGGGAUUCAACAGGAUCAUUCCUUGUCACGGAGAUGUCAUGGAGGGAGAUGGUAAGGGAAUCUUUGAGAAGGUUAUGAAGUGGCAUCUGGAGGGAAAGAAGAGUACUUGAGUGGGUUGCUAAACAAUUUGUGUGGGCGUAAGAGGAGGUGCGGGGUUGAGAGUUGUGUGAUGAUACCAGGUGCUGUAGGAGUGGUUUUUUGUUUCUACAUGUACUAUCAGUUUAGCUAUUUCCUUCGUCUUUGCUAGCAAGGCGUUAUGAGUAUUGCAGCAAAAACUAUAUUUCCAGAGAUACCAUAAUUGAUUGCUGUCCCUCACUUGU